UGCAUGAGAAUUAUAAUAAUAUUGUUGAUUUGUGAAGUGAAGCGGCAAAAUUAAAUUUCUUCAGUUAGUUACUGGAUAGCUUUCAGUUAAGCGAAACGUUUUCUUUAUUUCUUUCAGUAGCUUUUGCAACCAUGUCUGCUGGAAAGUUAGCCCUCCUUAGCGUUUCUGACAAGACUGGUCUUGUUGAUUUGGGGAAGGUUUUAGCAAAAUUAGGAUUUGAACUGGUUGCUAGCGGUGGUACUGCAACUUCGUUGAGAAAUGCCGGCUUGCUCGUUAAAGAUGUUUCGGAAAUUACUGGCGCACCGGAAAUGCUUGGUGGACGAGUGAAAACAUUACAUCCUGCUGUUCAUGCGGGAAUUUUGUCAAGGAAUAUAACCAGCGAUUUGGAUGACAUGAAAGCACAAAAUUUCGAGUUAAUUCGACUUGUUGUCUGCAAUUUGUAUCCAUUUGUAAAUACAAUACAAAAACCAAAUGUUACUGUAGCGGAUGCAGUUGAAAACAUUGAUAUUGGUGGUGUAACACUUUUGAGGGCAGCUGCUAAGAAUCAUGAUCGUGUUACAGUUAUCUGUGAUGCUGGUGAUUAUGCUCAAGUUUUGAAUGAACUGAAAGAAUUGGGAGAUACAAAACCAGAAACUAGGCAAAAAUUGGCACUUAAAGCAUUCACACACACAGCAAGCUAUGAUCAAGCGAUAUCUGACUACUUCCGCAAACAAUAUUCGCAAGGAGCUUCGCAGCUGAAUCUUCGUUAUGGAAUGAAUCCGCAUCAGAAGCCAGCACAACUUUUUACAACAUUGGAUAAGUUGCCCCUUGUUGUUUUGAAUAGUGCUCCAGGAUUCAUAAAUCUAUGUGAUGCUUUGAACGGUUGGCAGCUAGUGCGCGAGCUUAAAAAUGCCCUAAAUUUACCAGCUGCUACCAGCUUCAAGCAUGUUUCACCUGCUGGAGCUGCUGUUGGCAAUAAACUCUCUUUGGAGCAGGCAAAACUGUGCAUGGUUGAUGACAUGCUUGAUUCACUGACACCUUUAGCUGCAGCUUAUGCAAGAGCACGUGGGGCCGAUCGUAUGUCUUCAUUUGGUGAUUUUAUCGCAGUUUCCGAUGUAUGUGAUGUAGCUACAGCGAAAAUUAUCUCGCGGGAAGUUUCAGAUGGAAUAAUUGCUCCAGGCUAUGAUCCCGAAGCGUUUGAAAUUUUAAAGAAGAAAAAGAAUGGAGGAUAUUGCAUUUUACAGAUUGAUCCUGCAUUCGAACCAGACCUAAUUGAACGAAAAAUGAUAUUUGGUCUAACACUUGAACAACGACGUAAUGACGCCAUUAUUGACAAGGAACUAUUCAAAAAUAUCGUCACAACAAACAAAACUCUUCCCGAAGGGGCUGUUCGGGAUUUAAUUGUUGCCACAAUCGCUCUGAAAUAUACGCAAAGCAAUUCAGUCUGUUAUGCCCGUGAUGGCCAAGUAAUAGGUAUUGGUGCCGGACAACAAUCCAGAAUACAUUGCACAAGAUUGGCGGGGGAAAAGGCUGACAACUGGUGGCUGCGUCAACAUCCGCGAGUAAUGUCCAUGAAGUUCAAGAAAGGUGUAAAACGUGCCGAAAUUUCUAAUGCGAUUGAUAACUAUGUUAAUGGAACUGUUGGCAAGGAUAUGCCAGUUGAUCAGUUUGAAUCGAUGUUGGAAGAGGUUCCACCACUCCUAACUAAUCAAGAGAAACACGACUGGUUGAAGAAGUUACAAGGAGUCUCUUUGAGUUCUGACGCAUUCUUCCCCUUUAGAGAUAAUAUUGAUCGUGCAAGAUUGAGUGGAGUCUCGUACAUUGUCAGCCCAUCGGGAUCAACCAAUGAUGCUAGUGUGAUUGAAGCUUGUAACGAUCAUGGAAUUGUUCUUGCCCAUACAAACUUACGUUUAUUCCACCAUUAAAAGUGCCAUAAAAUCUUAUGUGUCCUCGAAUAUUAUACAUUCAAAUGUAAGAAUUUAUGCAGAUUCUUUUUUACUUUUGUCAUUUGAAAAGGAUAAUGCAUUCCAUCGAUUGUAGUUGUCAGAUGAUAAAUUGCUGACGAAGAAAUAAAGAUCAUUUUACGAAUAAA